GCACAACUUAUGGCGUUUCACUUCGUAAUCCAAGAUGGCAGCGAGUAGCAGGCCAGGGAGCGAUGUUGGAUGGACAAAAUGGCAAAUUGCGAUAGCAGUCGGAGCCCCAAUAGCAGUGGCAGGACUUGCAUUUGGAGCCUACUAUCUUACUCGAAGUGGGAGUCCAGAGGAAAGCUCGGAUACUAAGUCAGGUACUGCAGGAACUUCUGGAAAUACCAAAGCCAAUGGCGAAGGGGAUGCGGGAAAGAACAGCAGCGUGGAACACACACAGACCCCUGAAGAGCAAGCCCAAGCAGCCAAGCUCCGGGGCAACAAGUACUUCAAGGCAGGACACUAUGAGCAAGCCAUCAAGCUCUACUCCCAAGCCAUCGAGAUAUGCCCAAAGGACAACGUCAAAGAUCUCUCAACGUUCUACCAGAAUAAGGCUGCUGCCAACGAACAGAUGAAAAACCAUGCCCAGGUAGUGGCGGAUUGUAACAAUGCGCUUGAGCUGAAUAGUAGAUACGUGAAGGCCCUCUUCCGCCGAGCAAAGGCCUUUGAGAUGAUGAAUGAGAGAAUGAAAUGUUUGGAAGAUGCGACUGCAGUAUGUCUCUUAGAAGGAUUCUCACAUCAGCAAGGCAUGAUACUGGCCGACAAGAUGCUCAAGGAGAUCGGCAAAGAGAAAGCAGCUGAGAAAUACACGGAGAGAGUACCCAGCUUACCGUCCGGUCAGUUCAUCAGGUCCUACUUCUCGUCAUUCUCAAAUGACGGCAUCUCAAAUACAAGUGAUGAAGAUUACUGCUCUCCGGAUGACUUUGCAAGUGCUGGCUACGCCAAGGCCAAGCACUGCUUCAAAGAGGGUAACUACGAGACCAUCAUUGACGCCUGCACGGAGGAGAUCGACAGCGAAGGUUCAAAGCUACCAGAGGCUCUGCUGAUGAGGGCGACAUUUUAUCUUCUCAAAGGCCAGGGGACGUUAGCCAGGCCUGAUUUGGAUAAAGUCAUCACAUUACCAGAAGCAGAUAAAAAGUUGAAAGCGAAUGCAUUGAUCAAGCGUGGAAGCAUGCACAUGCAGGAGGGCCAGCAGAUGGAAGCCAUGACCGACUUUGGGCAAGCGGCUACCAUAGAUCCAGACAAUGCAGAUGUCUACCAUCAUAGAGGCCAGCUCUUGCUCCUCUUAGAACGAGUCGACAAAGCCGUAGAGGACUUCCAGAAGUGCAGUUCACUGAGCCCUGACUUUGCCCUGGCCCACGCCCAGCACUGCUACGCCAACUACCGCCUCUCCGUCAUGGUCCAGAGUCCAAUGCAGAUGCAGGCUGCCGUCAAGGCCCUUGAAGAAUGCUGUAAGAAGUUUAGCCAGUGCGCCGAGGCCUACGCUCUCUAUGCACAGUCUUUGAAUGACCAAGGGCAGUUCCAACAAGCCGAUGAAAACUUCCUCAAAGCAGUAGCUUUAGAACCAGAUAACCCUACAGCAUACGUCCACCGCGGUCUCUUAUAUCUAGCAUGGAAAAAGGAUCCAGAACAAGCAAUUAGAAUGAUACAGAAAGCACUGGAGAUAGAUAGCAGAUGUGACUUUGCAUAUGAAACACUUGGUACAAUUGAAGUUCAAAGGGGUAACAUGGCAGCUGCACAGGAGUACUUCAACCAAGCGAUAGAACUAACGAGAACGGAAAUGGAGAUGGCGCACCUCUUCUCUCUCAGCGUAGCAGCGCAGGCACAGAGCAACGUCACCACGAAGUUUGGCAUCGUGCCGCCCUCGGCUCUAAGACCAUGAGAGACCGCAAUCCACCAUUAUAAUAUAGGAAUUUGUCUAUUGAUUUAAUCCAGUGUGUUGAUAAUGAUUGGCCCUUGUGACAAAUUGUCAAGGUUCUCAGCAAAAUGGUAGAUUUAUAAGCCCCAAUCCUCUUAUAUCUUGUAAGUAUAGUAGCAUGAAAUUGGAUUCGUCUCUGGACUUUGAAACAGAGAGUCAUGUGUUCGAAUCCCAGCCACAGCGUAAUUUCCUUCGGCAGGUAAUUGGUCUGCAUUGUGCUGCAUUCAACACAGGUGGGUGUUUCAUAAAGCUGUUCGUAAGAUAAGAGCAACUUUAAGAACGACUGGUGAUCAUUUCUUUUGGUAAAUGGUACACCAUUGGCGAUGGUUUAGCGCGUAAGAGAGGUUCACCAGUCGCUCUUAAAGUCGCUCUUAACUUACGAACAGCUUUAUGAAAUGGCCCCCAGGUAGGAUUUAUUCCUUGAAUGCACCAAGCACCUGUAGAAACUAGAGCUAAAGCAGCGCUUAUACAUGGUGCGCCAUUGAAUAACAGGGUUCCCACAGUAAUGGAAAAUCCUGGAAAAAUUUGUGUUCAUGGAAAGUCAGGGAAAAGUCGUGGAAUUGCAUUUACUUCUUGGCUAUGGCAGCUUUCCAGUUUGUCGUUGUCUCGCAACACUCAUACUCUGUGAUCAUAGUCUGCUAUCAUAAUUGGUGUUCAUGAUUUCCACGUUUCCCAGUUGCGCGUCAUCUCAAAUUCUACAUAACUCCGGGGACGUCACAGGAAGUCAUGGAAAGCAGCAAUUUAGUCAUGGAAUUCUGUUUUCAAAUUUCUGUGGGAACCCCGAAUAAGCAACUGAUUAAUCAGCACCUCCAAAAUGCUAUAUACAAAGCUGCCAACUAAUAUGUUUUAACGAUAUUAGUAUGUUUUUUCAUAAUCAAAAGUGACAAAAUAUGAAUUUUUAUUGCAAAAUAUGUUUUAUGUUCAAUUUGAUGGGCAUGCUUCUUAUGUGUAAUUUAUCAAUUUUUGUACCAAAAUAUGUUUUUUUCCUUCAAAAUAUGAUUUUAAUUAUGGAUCAGUAUGUUUUUUGGUCAACAGAGGUUGGCAGCUCUGUGUAUAUUAUUAUUAUUUCACAUACCAAAGAUUUCUGAUUUUGGUCAUAAUGGGAUGCAUACUUUCAGAGGGAUUGUACUGACCCAUCCACUGGCUUAUUCAUCCCAAAUGGCCUAAUCCUAGUUCGUCUACAACCAGUAUGUGUACUAACCAUUUGGUCUGACUGCCAUUUAAGGCGACCGCACACCUUACGAUUGGUCUGCGACCCGAUUUCAGAAUAAAAUGAAGUAGAAUUUGAUGCUAAUAUUGAGACAUGGAAUAUCUUACUGUGUAAUGUUCUAAAUUAUCGUACAAAUUGCUAUGUUCAAAUCUGUGACUAUGCUCUCAUCCUUAUUAGAAUAAAAGCGAAUUUAAUAUCUAGUCGUAAUGACGUCAUAGCAGUCGUACGAUUGGCUACGAUUUGAAACUAAUUGGGCCUUUACUCCAAAAUAAAGGCUUGCAAUCUUUUAAAAUGGUUAUAUUAGUAUUCUUUCAAUUAAUUUUAACCUCAAAUAAAAUUAUAUGUUUCAUUCACGUUUUCAGAAAAUGAGCAAAAUGCUAUUUGUUCCAAAUUCGGAUCGCGAACAGUCUUAGCCUAUUGAGGCUAUAACCAUUUUGUCUUAUGUCUACUAGGUGUAACACCAUUUUAUAGUUCAUGUAGAUGAACAUGUUUGUGAACCACAUUUUCAUUUGGAGAGGGAAAAUAUUUUAUAAAGACAAAGUAGAAAUUAGCCCAGCUGGGUCUUAGACUAAAGACCUCACAUCAAUAAGACCAAAUUGAUAGUAGACCAAGUGGGUCUAGCCGAUGUGGAAUCAGACUAUGUAUAUGAGAGGUAGACCAAAGUGGAUAUAAACUACGAUGAGGGAUUUGAUGCCAUGUUGGCGGCAUACAAGAAAUGUGUUUGCUUGAGGGUUUUCACUGAAAGGUAAUCGUUCUCGGGAUUCAAGAGGGAGCUGUUGGACAUAUUUACGUGCUGGUGCCAGCUGCCCAUUGACACCAAACUUAUACAACGCUUACGCAGACGCCGUGCUCUGAAUGCCCGAACUCUUGAUGAUUCUCAGUUUGCGUAAACAUGCUUUGGCUGCUGUUUGAAGACUCCUGGCAGCAGUGGCAGGUUGGCUCUGUCUCCUGCUGCUGCUGCGUGAAGUGACGUCACCAGAUGUUUUGGCCAGCACCGAUGUAGCCAAAAGCAUCGCAGCUUAUGUGUACUGUGAAUGUGUGCUAGGCAACUAGCUGAUAAUUGACAGCACCAUGAAAAUUAUGCUGAAAAAAGUCCAACAGCGCCCUCUCAAAUCCUAGGAAACCUACACCUUUAACCUAGUCACAAGGGCCAUUUUCUAAUCCGCAAAUGUUGAAUGUGAUGAUAAUUUUGAUGAGAUGGUUUUCUUAUUUCAUGGUUUGUCUGGUUUAUCCCUCCUGAUGAGGAACCAUAUAAUAGUGACCUACAGGGCUCAAAUUGAUCAUAAGUCCUCAAUCAAUCGCAAACUUCCAAUAAUUGAUUGCCUGUCUGCUUCCUGCAAUAGAGAGUGUGAAUCCAUUUUGCCAUACAGUAAUUCAAUUGAUCUAUCAAAUGCAAAUUCCAACCUUUUGAGUCCCCCCCCCCCCCCCCGCAAGAGUGAGAAAUGAAUGCUCUCCAAAAUUAAUGUAAAAAGUACUUGAUAACCUAACUUCCUGAGGGCCAUAUCUGCAUGAAACAUUGUGUACCACAGCUUCUGUAUUACCACUGGAAUAUAUGUACAUGUAUGGAUUAUGCUAAACUUUUUUAGAGUUCAUUAAUAUUGUGAGUGGUUCAUUGCUAAAUAAUAUUUCUCAAAGGGGGCUCCAACCCAAAUAAAAUGUUGUUUUUUAGUUAGAGGAAAAAGAAAAAUUGGACAAGUUGAUACAUGUAGGUGAAAGUUUGAACAUCAGACAAACAAUAAGAAAGUUAUGAUUGGUAAUCACUAUACCAAUGGUUACUUCAAAUUGACCACAUUGGUGAUGUCAUGAAAUGUCAUUUUAAAAAAACUUGACUUCAAAUUAUAUAUUUUGAUAACUGCCUAAGGGGAAUAAGUACUUAGGAGAAAACCAGAAAUGUCUGAUAAUUAAGCACAUGGUCUUCUAUAGGAAAGAUGUCAUUAUUUAGUUACAAAGUUGCCAAUUUGAAAUUUACAUAGUCUUAGGGAUAUCAAUUUUGAAACUGCCUGAACCUUCUUAUUAAUAAUAAAUAAUAAUAAUAAUGUGACUAAUAAAGCGCCAAAUCCACUCUGCAGAGUGCUCAAGGCGCAUAAAGAGCUAAAAGUUAAAUAAAAAAGUUGCAUUUUCAAUAUCAAACUUUCACCAUUUUCUUUUAACUAUUUUUCUCCUCUUUCCCACAAAAUUUUAUGACCAAGGAUGGAUUUCCCUUUAAUAUUGCCAUUUUCACACUUGAAAGAAAACCAAAAUAUUUAUUUGGGGGGAUAAAUGAUAAAAUUACUGAAGUACUACUUGGAAAUGUGAAUUAUUUUGUAUGGUUAUUUUAUCUUCAUUACCACCCCCCCCCCUACCAAAAAAUAUCAAUUGAAUUAUAAAUGUGGGGAUCAUCAUCUAAAUCUUAGGAAAUCGUAACAUUUGAAUUUACACAUUCAUUGGUAUUUUGCUCUUGCUUCUUUACUUAUAGCUUGCUUCAUAAAAAAAAUAUUUGUUUCCAAUCUGCUUAACUGUAGUUGUAUUCUUGCUCUCUUACUGAUGAAGAAGUUAUAUAUCUAAAUUCUUCACCUAACUGGCUUACUUGGACUAACUAAUAUUGAACCUAAUUGAGACCGCAUCUCAGCAAAAGUUAUUUCCUAAUAUCUCAUUUUUGUGAGAUGACGAUGCAAAUUACAAAAUGAAAUUGAAUGAAAAUAUUGAAAUAUGACCAAAACUUGAUGCUCCUCUUGGUAAUGAAAAAAACAAAAUUCUUUGAAUGGUCUUUCUCGCAGUAUCUUGUGAAACUGGGUUGUGCAUAUCAUUGAUUCAACUAUAUGCAAUUGUAUGUGAAUAUUAUCCCUUCUGGGCCCCAUCUUACAAAGAGUUACGAUUGAUCCGAUCAAUUGUAACUAUGGACGGCCUGCAAACGUUCAAAAUAUUUUCUAACUAUGAUGUAUUAUUCAUGCAUUCAUUGUUUUCUUGAAUAUUCACUGUGCUUCUCUUUGUUUACAAAGGACAUUGUGCAAACAUCCUAUAGAAAAAAUUAUGACAUUGAUGGGUUUCCAUAGAGUUACGAUUGAUUGGAUCAAUCGUAACUCUUUGUAAGACGGGGCCAUGUUUUUUUUUUGUAUAUUUCUCCAUGUGUUGUGCAUGUAUGUACUCCAAGAGUAUGUGUCAUGCUUGUUAAAACUCUUGACUGAUCAAUAUAUUCUACUUGCUCAUUAGUCUUUAUUUAAAAAAUAAUAAUUUCUUUGACAACACAGGAUUCUUGAAAAUAAAAUAUUUCAUGGAGACGUCUUGUAACCCCGAUUCUUGAAUAAUUUUCCUGUUAAACAGUACUGAUUUAUGGGUUGCAAAUAAAUUGUAUUAUUUUUGUCCUUUGGCUUUCCAUAUGUGAUUUGAACUUUGAUUCUAAAUUUGAUACGACCAAAGACCAAGAGGAGACAUAUUGAAAGCCUUGAAUGACAACUAGAAGCAUUGUUGGUAUGUUACUCGCUGCCAUCUUGUUUUUAGAUCGAUUUCUUGAAUCGAGCUGAAUUAAAAGCUUUGAUCGUAUGAAGAUUACUUUGUUACCGAUCAUAAGCAGAAAGAUAGAAAGAGUAGAGAAAGAAAUGUUAAUCCUUUUCUUUAAAGAACUUUCCAAAUAUAUGUACACAGACAUUUUACUGUGAUGCUUUUUCAUUUUUCAUUUAUUUUAUUUUUUCUAUAUGAAGACACUUAUACCAUUCUAAUUGUUCUCAAGCAAUAUGGGUUGCCUUGAGAUAAAUGAUUGUAUGUUAUGAAAUAUGAUGGAGAUACAUAUGUGUAUGUAAAUUCAGGAUCCUGUGUCAUGAAACUUCUUAUCACUGUUAAGUUACAAGGUACUGUUAUAAGCUACCAAAAUCCACCAAUUUGAUUGGUGGAGAACAAAUUUGUUAUUGAUUUUUUAGCAUUUGUUAUUGAUAACAAGUUUUGUGAAACAGGACCCUGAUAUUUGUUGGGGGAAAGGAGGAGACCAAGUAUGAGAAUAUGUUCUAAAUUGUAUUAUUCAUGAUUGGAAUAAUCUUUAUUUCUCUGGUUUUUCUGUUAAGAACCGUUGAAAGGAGAGAAAAUUAAUAAAAUGGUUCUUUUAUAACAGAAAAUAA